CCUGCCCAAAAUUCAAUUCGGAACCCACACCUCCAUUCACACAAUUUGUGCAAAAUCCCCGCUCUUUUCACUAUCUGAACUCUCGUUCUAAAAAUUCUCCAGUCCCAAACCCUCAGCUGUCUGCAAAUCGGUUUCGGAGCUGUCAAAUUCAGGCUGUUAGCGGAGACAUGAAGGAAGAGCAAAUAGAGAAGCUGAGAGGGGUGGUGAGGGAUUGCGUCGGCAAGCAUUUGUACUCGUCGGCGAUUUUCUUCGCCGACAAGGUGGCAGCCAUCACGUCCGAUCCCGCCGACAUAUAUAUGCAAGCACAGGCACUCUACCUCGGCCGCCACUACCGCCGCGCCUUCCACCUCCUUAAUGCCUCCCAGAUUGUCCUCCGCGACCUUCGAUUCCGCUACCUCGCAGCCAAAUGCCUAGAGGAACUGAAGGAGUGGGAUCAAUGCCUUUCAAUGCUUGGUCCUGCUAAAGUGGAUGAACAAGGUAACAUUACUGAUACAAAGGAUUAUGGCAGCAUGUAUCUGGAUAAAGAUGGUGAAGAUCGUGAAAUCAAUAUUUUGUCAGCAAUAUACUUUUUAAGAGGCAAGGCAUAUGAAGCACUGGAAAAUCGUGUACAGGCUCGACUAUGGUACAAAGCUGCCAUCAAGGCCGAUCCUCUAUGUUACGAGGCCCUGGAAUGUCUUAUAGAGGGUCACAUGCUCACCUGUGAAGAAGAGACAAGUCUACUAUCAACAUUGCAAUUCAGCCCUGAAGAUGGCUGGCUCUCUUCGUUCUACUCAUGUCUGGUAAAGAAAUACGAUAAAGAAUAUGUUGUAGAAGCCAAGUUCAGAGAACUAGAACAGGAACAUACAUUGAAGAACAAUACUGAUCUUUUAGCCUGCAAAGCUGAGUACUACCAUCAGUGUGGUGAAUAUCAGAAAUGCUUUGAACUAACGUCAAUAUUGCUUGAGAAGGAUCCUUUCCACCUAAAAUGUACUUUGGUGCAUUUAGCAGCAGCUAUGGAGCUUGGGCAUUCUAACGAGCUCUAUCUCAUGGCAUGUAAUUUAGUCAAGGACUAUCCUCAAAAGGCUCUGUCAUGGUUUGCUGUGGGUUGCUACUAUUACUGCAUCAAGAAGUACGAUCAAUCACGCCGCUAUUUCAGCAAAGCAACAAGUUUGGAUGGGACUUUUGCCCCAGCUUGGAUUGGUUAUGGGAAUGCUUAUGCUGCUCAAGAAGAAGGCGACCAAGCAAUGUCUGCUUAUCGUACUGCUUCUCGUUUAUUUCCUGGAUGCCAUUUGCCUACUCUUUACAUUGGAAUGGAAUACAUGCGAACUCAUAGCUUCAAACUUGCUGAGCAGUUUUUUUUGCAGGCAAAAACUAUAUGUCCUUCAGACCCACUUGUAUAUAAUGAACUUGGAACUGUGGCAUAUCACAUGGAGGAGUACAAGGAAGCUGUACUGUGGUUUGAGAAGACAUUGGCUCGCAUACCAUCCUCUGUAAGUGAGAUGUGGGAGCCAACUGUAGUCAAUCUUGCUCAUGCAUUGAGGAAAUUAAGGAGGUACAAUGAGGCAAUUGUAUACUAUGAGAAAGCUCUUGCUUUAUCAACAAGAAGUUCGAGUACCUACGCAGGACUUGCAUACACUUAUCAUUUGCAGGAUGACUUCACUUCAGCAAUUACAUACUAUCACAAAGCUUUGUGGCUCAAACCAGAUGAGCAGUUCUGUACGGAGAUGUUGAAUUUGGCACUUGAAGAUGAAUGCCGCCAUGGCGCUGACAUCGAGUUUGAAUCUCAUCAAAGAUAGAGUAUGCGUUGCUUAGAAUUUCAAUGUGACACAGCAUCACUACCCUAAGUUGCUUUCGAAAAUCCCUUGGCCAUUUACUUCGUGUCAAUAUUUAUUAGUAAUACUGAAAUUUGUCAGAAUUCUACCAAAUGACCUGAUUGUUAGAAUCCAAUACGCCAGUCCAAUUCCAGAAUUUCUUUUGGUCGAACUCACUAACCAGUAUUUAACUUAUAGGUCUUCAACAACUUCAGGUUUGAUACGCAACAUCUUUACGAGAUUUGAAAGUCAGUUGCAUCGAUCUUUACAAGAAUUCAGUUUUCACUAUCCUUAGUUUUCCACUUUGAGCUACAUCUUACAUAUUGUAAAGAAAUUAGGAUUAGGCAUUGUUGUUGAUAAAGAUUCUGAGUAAACAUGGAUUAUUUAGUAUAGAUAGAAUUAUGAGUCGGGUUCUUGGCUUUUGAACCUUUUUUUUUCCAUCAUGGCAGCAAGAUGUGUUCAUGUCUAUUUCGAAAGCUUAACGGUAUAUAGAAGAUUGGUAUGCCCAUUUGGUUU